AUUUACUCCAAAAAAUCAGUACCUACAUACUUUCUAUUCCACAAAGAUGAGGUGCCUUUUACAUAAUACAAUUCUUUUAAUUCUAUUAAAUUCUAUUAGCGGAUCAAUCUAUGCCAAUGUAUCAUACAAUAAUAUACCUUCGGCAUACCAACCGUCUGUUUGGCACCGAGUUUUCCAAAAAAUAAACGAAAAACGGGAAUUUCUUCCGAUCAUCUACAACGAACGAGAAGUAUCAGGAAGCAUUAUUGGCGAUGCAGUAUGUCUGAUUUGUGACGCCGUCUUUACGGCAUUGCUGACAGAGAGGAGUUUCGACAUGACUAAAAUCCAACUUGAAGCUCAAGUCGAAUAUUAUUGUGCAGAUUUCCUCAAAAUAGAAGAACAAGACGUGUGCGCCGGGGUGAUAGGCCUAAAUAUGGAUCCUAUUUUGUAUAUACUCGAUAAGAAAGCAACUGUUACCAGUACUGAAGUUUGCAGCAUGUUGCUGGGAUGUACGCAAGGCAGCGAGGCCUUCGAAUGGAAAAUAGACAUACCAGCAGGAGAAACUGUUAAAAAGGUCGAGUCCGAUGGUAAACAAACAUUCAAAAUUGCUCACAUUACUGAUAUUCAUUACGAUCCUGAUUACACGGAAGGAAAGCCAGCUGAUUGUGGAAAGCCACAGUGUUGUCAGCCUGAUCAAGACAAUCCUGCAAAUACUAGUGUGAGUGUCUGUGGGUAUUGGACUUCCGAAAUCCACGCAGACGUGUCUCCAAAAUUACUCAAUAACACUUUAGAUGAAAUGAACUCAAAACCAUUAAUGGACUUCGAGUUUGUUUAUUUUACUGGCGACCUGGUUUCUCAUAGAGUUUGGAAUACAAGUCAAGAUUACAAUAGAAAAACUAUAACGUACGUUUUAGACGUAUUUGCCGAAAAAUUUAAAAACAAGAAAGUUUUUCCUAUACUUGGAAAUCACGAAGCACAUCCAAUGAACUUGUAUCCUCCGUUAAAUAUACCAGAGGACGAUUUAAAUCAACAGUGGUUAUUUGAUGUUAUUUCGGAAAAAUGGCUGCAUUGGUUAACCGAUAACGAAAAAGAAACUGUAAAGAAUGGUGGUUAUUAUACCGUUUCACCUAAAACUGGGUUUAGAAUAAUCGUAUUGAAUAACAACGUAUGCCAAAGUGAAAAUUGGUGGAAUUUAUACGAAAACAAAGAUCCUUAUGGACAACUACAGUGGUUGGUGAAGGUAUUACAGCAGGCCGAAAAAGACAAGGAAAUAGUUCAUAUUUUGUCUCAUAUACCAACUUCAGCAUGUUUAAAAGUUUGGGGUCGGGAAUACAAUAGAAUCAUUGAAAGAUUCGCAAACACCAUAGCAGCUCAAUUCAACGGUCAUACGCACCGAGAUCAUUUCUCGAUUUACUAUGAUAGCAAGAAUGUUUCGAAUAAUGUCGUAAUUAAUGGCGCCUCCUUGGUUACUGACGGGGCCUAUCCAAACUUCAAGAUAUACACAGUCGACUCGAAAGGAUUUGAUAUAUUGGAUUCCGAAGUUUACACUUUUGAUUUAGAAAAGGCAAAUACCAAUAAAAAAAUAGAUUGGUAUAAAUUAUACUCGUUUCAAAAAGAUUUUGGUGUCGCCAAUUUGACGCACACUGAAAUGGAUAGACUGGUAAAGACGAUGAUAAGCGACAUUAAAUCAAAGAAUUAUACAUUAAUUAACAAAUACCACGACUUUUAUUAUCGAGGCAGCAAAAUUGGGAAAAAUGUAAACUGUGAUUCGAAGUGCCAAAACAAGUAUCUUUGCGAUAUGUUGACCACUGUAGAACGACAAACAACGAUGUGUGAAAAAUAUUUAACUUUUUAAAUAAAAAUAAGAUAAAAAGACAAACCUUUUAAUGUAAAAUGCUGAACUCUUUAUCAAAUGAAGAAGUCGUAUUCAUAAAUGAAAUAUAGACAUUUAGUUAUCCA